GUCUGGGUAAAUGUAAUAAUGACCUUUAACUGUCAAGAGGUUUUGGAAAUAUUCAGACCUCCUAUUCUUUAAUACAUAUUUGUGACAGAAUUACUGCAAAUAAACUUCUCAGAACUGUGUUCUGCCUUUGCCUGUUCUUUGGCCACACUUUAUCAAAAUUUGAAAAUCUUUUUCUGGUUCCUGAUUCCAAAUGACUUCCUUCCUUCCUUCCCUUCCCUUCCUUCCUCUAAUAUGCCAUGCAAUGCUAUGCCAUAUUUUUUAAAUUUGAUGGCAAGAGAAAUAUUUACUAAAGAUGUCUUUCAAAAGCCCUUUAAAGAAAACCAUGAAUAUCCCACGGGGAAGGUACCAAAUGGACAGGGUUUUUUAAUACACUAUAUAUAGCAUAUUUUUAUCUGGAAGACAGCUUCAUAUUAAAAGUCUUUUUCUGGAGGCACAACUGUUUUAAGAACUACAUUUUGAGCACCUUUGUUGUGAGCCAAAAGUUUAGCAGGAUGAUUACUAUAUCCUAAAACAUUAGAUUGUCCAAUAUUGAUAUUCUGGCAAUCUAUUAGCAUUCUAAAUUUUGCAGUACACUUAUAGUAUCUAUAAAAUCUAUGUGUGGAUUUCUAAAAUAAUAAUUGAAAAAUAUUUUUAUUAAUGUAAUUUAUAUUGUAUACUUGCUCUAAACAAACGACAAUAGAUACACACCACAGAAAAUACUGGAGCCAAGGAUACAUUUAUUUAUUUUUGCACUGUGCUGAACUGUUCCUUUGACUUUGUUAACCCACUACUUGAGGUUGUGUCUGCAUAAUUCACCGGAUUAACAUGUAAUUGUCUAGUUUGUAUUCAGGGUAAAUGUGCAUACUGAGGCUAAUGAAUUAAUUCGAAGAGCCAAACUGAGUGCAAAUGUACAAUCUAGAAACUUGCCUGAUUUGGUCGCUGCGAGGUUACUUAGCAGAUGCCUUCUGGAACUCGGACUUUGAAGGAGAAACGAAUGUCAGCAGAUGCUUAAUUCUAAUGAGUAACUACUCCAGCAAAAUCCCAGGAGGAGAUACUGUUUUGACGCACUAAUUACUUGUGUGUGUAAUUACAACGGAUGUAGGUGGGAAAAGAAAUUGAGGUAUUAAUUCGCUGUCAUGACACUGAAGGGGGGUGGGGGACGAAACCGGUCAGCAGAGAAGCGGAGACGCUCAAUGUCAUCUGCUAGCUCCACCGCAGGAUUUCUGUAGUUAAUGACUCCCCGCCGAGCGAUUUUGUGGAGGUACUGUAGUUAAAAAAACAUUCCCACUCCAGCGGCUCCAGUUACGGCAACUCCUCCCCUCUCCGCCCCCGGCACCUGAUGAGGAUGCGUAAGCAUACUGAAAGGCACUGCGAAGUUUACUACGCCGUGGAAGCAAACGCUUCUCGUCUCCUCAGAAAAAAAGAAGCCUUUCUUCGCAAACCAGCGGGGACGAACUACAGCCCUGGCCGCUUAUUCCCCCCCCCCCUUCCGUCUCCUACCGCGCCGAGGCCUUCUUUAGCCAUCGGGAGACCGCCCAGGAGGCGUGGCUUGGAGCCUGUCUCCCGCGGUUGUUUCUUUUUUGGGUAGUCGAAGCUGAGCGACGGGACUGGUUUUGCUGGGUUGGUGCCCCUCUCGGCCUGAUAACAAGGCGACCCGCUGCGGGCGAAAUUCGGACUGCAAAGCGAGUGGAGAACUCCGUCCAGCGAGCGGUGCCGUCCAAAAGGAGGGCGAGCAACAAGUGUCCCCGGCCCUUUCGAGCUGGGCCGUGUACGAAGUUAAGAGGGUUCGGUUCCCCACUUUCUCCGGGCUGCCUGAGAGCACGUGGCCCCGGCGCCUGGGAGCCGGACGCCUUGCGGAGGAGCCGGAGGCUCUGGUUCAGUUCAGGUGCCCUCGCCUGCUACUGAAAAGAGGAAACCAGGCAGCCCUGGGGGAGAUGCGCUGAAGCGAGUAGGGGGAAGAAGUGAAGUGACGGCUGCAGAGUGAGUCACGAAAGCGAAGAGGAGGAGGAAGGGGAGCAAAAAGGAGACGGAAGCGGCCCUGACGUUUCUUCGUUGCCUCGUUUCCCGCAGCCGAAAUGCUCCCUUCUCGCCGUCGGUGAACGCCCGGGGAGCCACCCCCUUCUUUCGAUUGCUGGCGGACCCUGGGGCACCGGUUCCAGGGAGGAAAAGCGACGCUCGCUUGUACCAGGGGAGGAUCCACUCCGGACUGUGGGAGGAGCGAGGGGAAAGCAAGCGCCGCCGAAACGUGUAAUGGGGGAAAACCCGGCAUAUCCUGGCUCUACUGGCAAGGCCAUCAUCUUCUAAGAGCGAUGGUGGCGCCUUCAUCAAGGACGACAGCAAGAGCACCAACUCCGGUCACAGGGACCCGGCGACUUAGCAGGAGGAGCGGGCCCCGGCCAUUGUCUGCCAAGAUAUGAGACAUGAUUGUUGGACGCAGAAGAUUAAAAUUGCUGGGAAUUCUGAUGAUGGUAAAUUUCUUUAUAUAUGUCAUUGUGGAAGUCUCAAAAAAUAGUGGCCAAGACAAAAAUUCAAAACAACAAGUUAUACUCCCAAGGAGCAGAUUUUGGAGAAAGUAUAUUCCUCACAAGGCAUAUUGGAAUAAACAGCAGGAGAAGUUGGAACACUUAUAUAAUCCUAUUUUUGCAUUGCUUUUCAAUAUGACUGUGGAAGAAAGGUUAUCUUCCAAUAAUAGCUUUUUGAACUCCUGUGAUCCUGAUCCAUCUUUAUCCUCAGAUCUUAAAGAUUUUGAAGACUUACCAGAUAGGUUUAAAGACUUUUUUCAUUAUUUAAGAUGUAGAAAUUAUUCAUUAUUAGUAGAUCAGCCGCACAAGUGCAAACAUAAACCUUUUUUGCUUCUGGCUAUUAAAUCCCUCAUACCACAUUUUGAUAGAAGGCAAGCAAUCCGGGAAUCUUGGGGAAGGGAAAUUAAUUUAGGAGACAUAACUAUUGUGAGAGUGUUCCUAUUAGGUCAAAUUCCUCCUGAAGAUAACUAUCCCAAUCUGUCAGAUAUGUUGAAAUUUGAGAGCAAAACCCACCAAGACAUACUUCUAUGGAACUACAGAGAUACUUUCUUCAAUUUGACUCUAAAGGAGGUACUAUUUCUAAAAUGGGUCAGCACCACUUGCCCUGAUGCUCAGUUUGUCUUCAAAGGAGAUGAUGAUGUUUUUGUGAAUACCCAUCAGAUCCUGGAUUACUUGAAGAGUUUAACUAAAGAAAAAGCCAAAGACUUGUUCAUAGGUGAUGUUAUCCGUGAUGCUGGACCUCAUCGUGAUACAAAUGUGAAAUAUUACAUCCCACACAGUAUUUAUGAAGGCUCUUAUCCUCCAUACGCAGGAGGUGGUGGAUUUCUUUAUUCUGGUGAUCUAGCAUUAAGAUUAGCUAACAUAUCUGACCAAGUCCUCCUUUAUCCUAUUGAUGAUGUGUACAUUGGUAUGUGCCUUCAGAGACUUGGGCUUUCUCCAGAAAAACACAAAGGCUUCAAAACCUUUGACAUUGAAGAGAAACAGAGGAACAAUAUAUGCUCCUAUACAAACUUAAUGUUAGUCCACAACCGGAAUCCUCAAGAAAUGAUUAAAAUCUGGACAAAUUUGCAAGAUCCACAUUUAAGUUGUUAAAAAUGUAUGUAUCCAAAAAUUAUUCCUAAAUUUCAGUUUAAAUUAUUUGGCUAAAUGGUAAGCAUAUUGUCUUCAAUUGGUGGCUUGUUUUGUAAACCAAAAUUAGCUAAUAACAUUGUCUAGUACUUCUAAAAGUGAGAUUACAACUACAAGAGUAUCAGAAGAUAUGGCAUGAAAAUAUUCUCAUUAUAGUACUGUCCUAAAAUUUUGAAAAAUUAAAGCUUUACAAAGUUGUGAUUUAGCAUAAUUUUAAAGACUGAUUAGUCAAAUUAUAUUCAAUAAAUUGCUCUUGUUCUGAUACUGUAAUUAAAUUAUGGUGAUAGAUUCCAUCAUAUUUCCUG